CCUCCUCCGGGGCAUAAACAAACCUCCCCUGGCUCCCAGCUCCGGCUCGGGAGCGCAAGCCUCUCUUCGCCGCUCUCCUCGCUCCCUCUGGGCGCCGCCAGCCUAGCUCCGGCUCUUUUUGCUUUUCUCUCUCAACCUCAGGCAGGUGACAGCAGGGUCAUGUCUCGGGAGCUGCAGGACGUGGACCUCGCUGAGGUGAAGCCUUUGGUGGAGAAAGGGGAGACCAUCACUGGCCUCCUGCAAGAGUUUGAUGUUCAGGAGCAGGACAUCGAGACUUUGCAUGGCUCCAUUCACGUCACACUGUGUGGGACCCCCAAGGGGAACCGACCCGUCAUCCUCACCUACCACGACAUUGGCAUGAACCACAAAACCUGCUAUAACCCCCUCUUCAACUCCGAGGACAUGCAGGAGAUCACCCAGCACUUUGCUGUCUGCCACGUGGACGCCCCCGGCCAGCAGGACAGUGCUGCAUCCUUCCCCACGGGGUACAUGUACCCCUCCAUGGACCAGCUGGCAGAAAUGCUGCCCGGAGUCCUUCACCAGUUUGGACUGAAAAGCAUCAUUGGCAUGGGAACCGGAGCGGGCGCCUACAUCCUCACUCGAUUUGCUCUGAACAACCCCGAGAUGGUGGAGGGCCUCGUCCUCAUCAACGUGAACCCUUGUGCGGAAGGCUGGAUGGACUGGGCCGCCUCUAAGAUCUCCGGAUGGACCCAAGCCCUUCCAGACAUGGUGAUGUCUCACCUCUUUGGGAAGGAGGAAAUGCAGAAUAACGUGGAGGUCGUCCACACCUGCCGCCAGCACAUCGUGAACGACAUGAACCCCGGCAACCUGCACCUGUUCAUCAACGUCUACAACAGCCGGCGGGACCUGGAGAUUGAACGGCCGAUGCCCGGAACCCACACGGUCACCCUGCAGUGUCCUGCUUUGUUGGUGGUUGGGGACAGUUCUCCUGCUGUGGACGCUGUGGUGGAGUGCAACUCGAAACUGGACCCAACGAAGACCACUCUUCUCAAGAUGGCGGAUUGUGGCGGCCUCCCACAGAUCUCCCAGCCGGCCAAGCUUGCCGAGGCCUUCAAGUACUUCGUGCAGGGCAUGGGAUACAUGCCCUCCGCCAGCAUGACACGCCUGAUGAGGUCCCGCACGGCCUCGGGCUCCAGCGUCACGUCCCUGGAGGGCGUCCGCAGCCGCUCCCACACCAGCGAGGGCGCCCGGCUGGACAUCGUCCCCAACUCCGGCGGCACCGGGAGCAGCGCAGGGCCCAACUCCACGGAGGUGUCCUGCUAGGUGGCCUUGGGGACGGCCGCCCCUGGACUCUGGGAUCAAUCGCUGUAGCUGCCCCUCCUCCGGCCCCUCCCCGCCCCUGCCUGCCAACCACAUGUAGCUCGGUAUUAAUCCAAAGCUUAUUUUGUACGACAAAGUGAGAUUGGGUUUGUGGAGGGCUCCCUUUCCGGCGAGGCCGGGGCGGGGUGGACCAAAGGGAAAGAAGCAUCUCAGUGUCCUUUCUCCACUAGCGAGCGGCCUAGAGGCCACUCUCAUACCCUCCCUCAGAGACACCAAACUGCCAAAAACAAGAAACACAGAGCAAACACUUGAUCAAUCCAAGGCUAGGCUGACCUGAGCAUCCUGCCGCGAAGGGACGUUUUGUUGGAAGCCCAGCCCACCUACUUCCUGUUUCCUUUCCAACUAAAGAAAAAACAGACCCAGUUUCUGGAAACCAAACCCCUUCUGAUUUGGAGAGGGGGAGAGCAGGGAAUGGUGGCGAGCUCUUUUAACAAAGCCAAACAGGAAGCGGGGAAAGAGGUGGAAUUUAUGCGGAGGCUCGGAAGUGUUUGGAAGAGCAAAUCUCUGUAGUGAACUUGAAGAAGUAGUUUUUUUUUUUUUUAAGCAUCUUUAUUGGAGUAUAAUUGCUUUACAAUGGUGUGUUAGGUGAAUGGAGUUAGAGUCUGUCAUACAGAGUGAAGUAAGUCAGAAAGAGAAAAACAAAUACAGUAUGCUAACACAUAUAUACGGAAUCUAAGGGAAAAAAAAAAAAAAAGAAGAAGUAGAUUUUUAACGUCUGUGCAUAUAUACACACUUUUUAGUGCCGAUGCCAGAAGACUGUUUUUCUGGCAUUUUUUUAAUGGACAACAGAAGCAGGCGACAAAAUCUCCCAGUUUUUCAAAGAAACGGUCUUGGCAAACGUUUGGUGUCGGGGGUUUGAGGCUUUGAUUCUGCCACCUGCCUCUUCCUCCACGUCGCCUACUUCCUACCCCAAAUACAUGGACGAGUGAUUAUUUCACUCAUGGGGAAGAUCAUGUAGAUUUGUAGUUGCUUCUUUGAAAUGGAGGGCUGUGCCUGGCUGUGGCCGGGGGAGGGGGGCAGGGGCAUUGGGGUGGGGUGGUAUUUUUGGUUAUUAGAUGUAAAGGAUUCCUCGUGGUCGUGAUGGAAUCCAGUGCAGUUGUGAUUUCAGUUGAUCCCAUCUGGUUCCCAGGAAUCACGUGUGAUUGAGUUAAAUCUAGCUUCCAAUCUUUGACAACCCGGGUUGAAUCUGAACUUGACUGCCAAACAUUUCUGACCUGGUGACCUUCCGGGAUCUUCAGAUAGAACUCUUCGCUCUUGUAGGGAGUGGGGAUUCCCUUGGGGAGGGGUGGCCCAGAAGAUGCAAGGAUUCUGGAAUGUGUAUUCCAUGGGAUUUCCUUCCCUCUCCUGCCUUCCCCUCUUCCCUGCCCCUCUAACCUCUCGCUGAACAGGGUGGCACCACUGACAUUUCUGGGCAACGUCAGCGUAGCUGUCAAGUUCCUGUACUACUUACUGCCUUUUGAUUUUGACUUUGGCUAACCGUGGAUCUUCUUAUAGGAAGUUUGAUCAGAGUGAAAGGAACAUUGUGACUCAGCCGCCGGGGCCUAGUGGUUACUGGGAGGAAUAGGCAAGCCUUCUAGGUAGCUUGGGGGGAUAAUGGCUCAGUUUAUCUGCGACCUACCCCCUGGGAGGCAGAAAUGGCUGAAUCAGAACAAGCAACUGUUGUGUACAAGUCUUUCCAGAGGAGUUUCUUAAUGAGAUAUUUGUAUUUAUUUCCAGACCAAUAAAUUUGUAACUUUGCA